AAGUGGUGGAGGUGACCUGUCAGCUUCACUGUCAGUAAAAUAAAAAAUUUAGAAAAUAAAUUCAAUUUUCUUGUGUUGAACACACACAACAAACUUCAUUACUUUGAUCACGAUAAAGGCACUCAUUAAAAAUUGCUAACAAAUAAUUAUUAAAAAGUAAUAAACGAAACAUGCUUAAUAAAAUUAAAUCUAAUGUAAUUUGCAUCACUACAACAUCAUUUCGUACUCGUCAAAUGUCCUUUGUGGCUAAAUGCCUACAAUACUCUGAAUAUGGAGAGCCUUGUGAUGUGCUCAAAAUAUGUGAAGUAAAAAUUCCCGAUCCAAAGGACAACGAAGUAUUGGUUAAGACCGUUGCUGCGCCAAUCAAUCCAGCUGAUAUUAAUACUAUUCAAGGUAAGUACCCUGUAAAGCCUAUUCUUCCUGCUGUCGGUGGCAACGAAUUUGUAGCAGAUGUAAUUAGUGUAGGGAAGAACGUCAAAAAUAUUCAACCUGGUGAUCGGGUUGUACCAUCCACAACAGGCAUUGGAACGUGGACUUCUUAUGCCGUAUAUCCUUCUAAAGACCUAAUGAAAAUAUCCAACAAAAUCGGAAUUGCGGAGGCAGCCACUAUUACUGUCAAUCCUUGUACUGCAUAUAGAAUGCUUAAAGACUUUGUCCAAAUUAAUCCAGGUGAUACUGUCAUUCAAAAUGGAGCAAACAGUGCUGUUGGCCAAGCAGUACAUCAGCUAUGCAAAGCCUGGAAUAUUUCGUCAGUUGGUGUUGUUCGCAAUCGACCAGAUAUCGAUAAUCUCAAAGAAUACCUUAAGUGCCUUGGAGCAACUGAAGUCCUUACCGAAGAAGAAAUCCGCAAAACUGAUAUUUUUAAAAGUAAACUAAAGAAACCAAAACUUGCACUUAACUGUGUUGGAGGCAAGAGCUCCACUGAAGUAGCUCGGUAUCUAGAUUCUAAAGGAUUUCACGUCACUUACGGAGGGAUGUCAAGGGAACCUGUUAUUGCGGGAACAGCUUCAUUGAUAUUCAAAGAUAUCUCGUACGUUGGGUUUUGGAUGACAAGAUGGACAAAAGAAAAUCUUGAAAACGAGGAGAGAACAAAAAUGUAUUCUGAGCUUUGUAACCUAAUGGAAGGUGGCAAGUUUACGGCACCAGUGCACGAAAUGGUGCCGUUAACUAAUUAUAAAGAUGCGGUUACGGCCGUUUUGAAUUUUAAAGGAUUCACUGGAAAGAAGUUUAUUUUAGACUUUCAAAAUUGUUAGAAUAGAAUAGUUCUCAUUGGAAUUGUUAUGUGAUAAAAAGAAGCUAAGCUUCAUUCAAUAAAAAUAACUCACAAUUA